UUAUCACGUUUUACAGUCAGCCGCUUCAUACCCCAGAAGGGCACCUCAAUCCCUCCUUUUUAGAACCAGUCCUGUGUUGAGAGUUUAUUCAUUGAAUUUCUUUAGAAUGAAGAAGAUAAAGAAAGUUGAUAUUUCACUCUUCUUCACUUUUGUGCACGUCUGUCAGGCUCAGGCAGACUAUGCCCCCUAUUUUUUCGAUAAUGGGCCCAAUUCUAAGAAUGGGAAUAUGGCAUUAUUCAGCAUUCCAGAAGACACAGCCAUUGGCACGCAAUUAUAUAUUCUAAAUGGAACUGACCCAGAAGGGGAUCCAGUGACUUUUGGCAUAGCUUUUGAACCAGGGUUCAAAGAUUACUUUAAAGUGGAUUCACAGACUGGAAUUGUAACUUUAAUAGAAGAACUCGACAGAGAAAAGCAGGAUGAAGUGGAAGCUCUCAUCAGUAUUUCAGAUGGUCUGAAUAAGGUGGUUGAAAAAGUAAGAAUAUUAGUGACAGAUGCCAAUGAUGAAAGACCAGAGUUUGGGAACAUGUCUUUUAAUGUCAAUGUCCCUGAGGAUACUCCGUCAGGAAGAAGUAUAUUUCAAACUCAGGCAGUGGAUCGAGACAACGGUUCUGGAGGAAGUGUCACAUAUUAUCUACAGAAUAGCCAUAAUACCACAUUUGCCAUUGACAGACACAAUGGAGUGCUUUGCAUUAAAACGGGAGAAGCACUAGAUUAUGAAAAAUCAAGAAUGCAUUUUGUUACAGUAGUAGCCAAGGAUGGUGGUGGAAAAUUCAAGGGAAAAUAUCAGGUGCUGUCUUCUUCAGCUACUGUAACAAUCAAUGUGGUAGAUGUUCAGGACACCCCACCUUCCUUUGUUGGCUUGCCUUAUUAUGGCUAUGUAUACGAGGACACAUUAUCAGGAUCAGAAGUCUUUACAGUAGUAGCCAAUGAUGGAGACCUUGGAAACCCUAAUGCUAUCCAUUAUUCUAUCGUCAGUGGAAGUGAUGAUUCAUUCAUUAUAAAUAACACAAGUGGAUCAAUAAUGGUUCUUGAUUAUCCGAUCCAUCUUAAGAAGGUGUUAUAUGAACUUAAAAUCCAGGCUUCAGAAGUAAGCCCAGAAGGCGAUGUGGUUGCGCAUGCAUUUUCAAUUGUAACUAUUCGAGUUGUGGACUUGAACAACCAUCCCCCAACAUUCUAUGGAGAAAAUGGCCCUCAAAACAAGUUUGAACUUACUAUGUAUGAACAUCCACCUGAAGGAGAGAUACUGAGGGGGUUAAAAAUAACUGUCAAUGACUCUGAUCAGGGAGCCAAUGCUAAAUUCAGCCUCAGGCUGGUGGGUCCACGGGGCAUCUUCAGAGUUGUCCCACAAACAGUACUGAAUGAAGCACAAGUCACAGUAAUAGUGGACAAUUCUGAAGCUAUAGACUAUGAGAAGUACCAGUUCUUAUCCUUCAAGCUUCUUGCUGUUGAAAUCGAUACUCCUGAAAAAUUCAGUUCGACUGCUGAUAUUGUUAUCCAUCUGCUGGAUACAAAUGACAACAUUCCCUGGUUCUCUAUAGACUAUUACAUCGCCAGAAUUCCCGAAAACUCACCCGGUGGCUCCAAUGUGGUCUCUGUAACAGCUACAGAUCCUGAUUCUGGCCUGUGGGGUGAGGUCAAAUAUUCCAUCUACGGUUCUGGAUCGGAUCUGUUUCUUAUUCAUCCAUCAACAGGAAACAUCUAUACACAGCCAUGGACAACACUAGACACAGAGCUGAAAUCCAAGUACAAUUUUUAUGUGAAGGCAGAAGAUACAGAAGGGAAAUAUAGCUUGGCUGAGGUCUUUGUAACAGUUCUGGACAUGAAUGACCACUCUCCUGAGUUUAACGAAAACAUUCUUGAGAAGACUAUGAUUAUUGGGGCACCAGUGAAAAUAAAGGCAAUAGAUGACGAUGCAGAGGAGCCUAACAAUGUCGUUGAAUACUCCAUAAUGCAAUCAGAUCCAGAUAAUAUUUUUGACAUAAACAUAGACACUGGAGAGAUCAAGCUGAAAUCUUACAUCAAGUCAAUGGACAUUGUUCAGAACAUUACAAAGCAAAAGGAUUGCAAGUGGUCGGUGGUGGUCCAGGCUAAAGACAGAGGCUCACCAUCCUUCAGCACCACUGCUGUGGUGAAGAUUGACAUCACAGAGGCGACUCAGCUCAAGGGGCCUAUGGCAGCCUUUUUAUUUCAAAGUAGGGAUAAUCCCAUGAAAGCCCUAGGCGUGCUCGCUGGUGUCAUUUGCGUUAUGGUACUCCUAACAGUCUUGAUCUCCACUGCAAUGUUCAUGCGCAACAAAACAAACAACAGGAUCAUGCCUGCCCGGCACAUCAUUAAAAAGAGGCCCAAAGACUAUCGCUCGAGGACGGUCAGGACCGGGUGGUUAAUAUUCAAAUGCUCCAACAGCCCUUCCGAGAAGUUUGUCGCUGAGGAUCCGGAGCAGAACAGGGAGAAUCUGAACUGCAACAAGAACAUGCAGCCGACAGCGCCGCUCCCUUGUGCCCCUGCCUUGCCCCCACCGGCCCUAUAUCUGCCCAAACAAAACAAGCAAGAGUGGAGCGUCCCUACAGUGUCAGGGUCUGUGGCAUCCAAAUCCAAGAGGCAGUCACGCGAAAACAACAGCCCCAAUGUCAGCGCUGCGCUGAUGUCUGAGCUCAAGAUGAAGCUGCAGAGAAAGAUGAUGGAGAGCAACACUUCUCACUAUUAAUCAUAAUAAUGUGCUUCUUUACAGUGCUGCACAUGGUGCACUUCGUGUGAGUCAGUGUCCAAGUGUGAAGAUUGCUGAUGUUGUCAGUCAAAUGCUUUCUUGAAAGGAACUAAAAUACAAUAGCACUUAGGAUGUUUGCUCUUUUUCCUUUUUAAGAUGAACUGGCCUUAUGUUAACACAACACCUUUUCAGAACUGUCUCCAGGGAGACUGAUGUUGUUGAUGUUUGCUUGUUUCCAAAGAGGAAACUAUUGUUUUUUAGUACAGUUUAUAAUGGACACAUUAAGUAAUAUUUUGAAAACAUGCUAGGCAGCAGUUUUACUGUUGAAAAAUGAUGCAGAACUAUGAAAGCAUUUUUUUUAUGAAGGAGGAAUGGAGAGAUUUUGCAUGGCAUAAAUAAGCAUUUAAUUGAAAUGCAAAUGCACAUUUACUGAAGUGAAUUUACAUGUUGAUAAAAAGUCAAUAAUAAUAAUAAUAAUAAUAAUAAUAAUAAUAAUAAUAAUAAUAAUAAUAAUAAUAAAGAUAUGCUGUAAGGGUGCUUGUGUUUACCCACUAUUAGACUGCUUUUGUAUUUUUGUGCUCAUAUUCCAUAUGUAUAUUAAUGAAAACUUAUAUUGGUAGUUUCGUGGUCCAACAAAUAUUUAAGACAGAAAAGGCUAUGUUUGAUAGGUUUUAACAUAUUACUGAUAUUUGUCUAAUUUGAUUUCAUUCCCUUAUUACUCAUUUAUUAACAUGUAACUGAACUUUAUAAUAGAUAGACAUAUUCAAAUAUACCACCUCUAAUGACCAUAGGUCCAAUGGUGAAGCUUAAACCAAAGUAGUGUCGUCUGUAGCAAAAUUUAAAAAACCAAUCAGAUUAUGAGAAGGCAGGUUAUGCUAUUCCUUCUAUUUCAUAAAGUGUAUUCUUUAAGGUAACGGUAAAAUACUCUGUGAUCACAAAGAAAAAAGUAAGAUUUUUUAAAGUAAUAAUAACUGUUCAACAAAGUGAUAACAAAGCAACAUUAGCUAUCCUGUAGCCAUGUUGCUGUUUUACCAGUCCUUCACAGCUUCUUUGUAUUGUAUGCCAAUUCUGUGUAUUAAUAUUAUUGUAUGUAAAAGUAAACGGUUCAAAUGGUUAAAUUACUAGUCUUAAACUGGUUUUAAAGUAAAUAAAAUAAGUAUUUAAAUAAAUGAUAACCAAUGCUUUAAAAGUAAAGUUUUAUUCCUAUUAGCAGUAGCAACGUUAUCAGUAUUUUGUACUUUGUUUUUUGAUCAGUAUUGGUUUGUUGCUUCUUGCCAAACUUGCAGUAAAACAAUAUUUAUAUAAGUAUACAUGUAAGUACAGUAUACAUGCUUAUACAUUAAUUGUCCUAAAUAAAUAAAUACAUAAAUAAAUAAACUUCUGUAAUGUUUAAUGCAUUUGGAACAAUAAGUGAUGUUUGUACACUGUUCUUAUCAGUUGGCAUCCAAUUUCCUCGUCUUUCCUUUGUGAUUGAAAAAGGGCCCAGCUGUCCCAGAGAAUAUGGCAGGAUAAUACUGAAGUCUUAGGGAAUGUUACAUCUGUACCAUAUGUUACUGGUGAUUAAUGAAGUCUUCCAAGAGAGGAGAGCCAUAGAAUUAACUCUAUAUUCCAUAAUGUUGUUUUCAGUCAUUAUUAUUAUUAUUAUUGUUGUUGUUGUUGUUGUUGUUGUUGUUGUUGUUGUUGUUGUUGUUGUUGUUGUUGUUAUUAUUAUUAUUAUUAUUAUAACUGUAAGAUGUGUGGUGAUUCCAAGAUUGCCCUGAAACAACUAUAGAUUUAAAUCACUGAAGGGAUCUCAAUAUUGCAAUAAAUAUGAUCAUUCUACCAUCUAAAAAUGUAAGUAGACUAAUAUGUAUAUUAUUAUUAUUUUUUAAAUCUGAAUUCUGAGACAUUUACAUGCACAUUACCUGCUGAAUGUACAUACAUUUUGCCACAGUAUAUAGCAUAUUACUUGCUAUAUACUGUAAACUUACAGAUCUAAUUAGAGCAACAUUUCCAAUAUCUUUAGUACAUUACCUUCCUGUUGUUUUAAUAUUUGUAUGUGUAUAAUUUUUAUAAAUAGCUGCAUGCCCAUUUUUCACUGCUUACUAUAUGUGGCGUUAUUGUUAACAAUUGUAUACAUAGUGAAAAUAACGUGUUUAUAUCAUGAGGAGUCUUAACUGCCAUUUAAAACUACAGACUGUAAAAUUGAGUAUUACUGUACAUAUUCAAUCAAAAAACAAAACAAAAAAAGGUUAGAACCAGCUUAACAUUGACGUGUAUCUUUCAGUGUUGUGUUUAUUUCAAUUUAUUGUUUUUAUAAAUAAAAUCUAAGAUUAUAACUGAA